UGCGCUCUCAGUUCGCGGGGAAAACAAGUACAAGGUGCUACGUUUAGCCAUCUUGUUAUAGUGCCACUUUGUGGCUUUCGGGAAACCAGCUUACUACACUGUUAUGUCCUGCGGUCAAAAUAGCCUAUAUAUACAUAUUUGUGAAAUAGCCAUGGUUGACAUACUGAGUGUUGUUUUCCAACGGUUUGGUUCACAGCUGCACGCAUCAGGUGAUAUAAAACUCUCUUCUCAGCCUGAGAGCAGCACCCUGGUGGUAGGAGAUGAAAACAUCAAUAGGUCGCUGUUAUUCCUGACAGCUCUAACAGCAGCUUCAGAAAUGGGCUACAAAGUGCUGUUUUUCACACAAAACCAAAUUCAGAGCCUUCCAGUAACUGUGCAGGAUUCAUCUCUGAAGCCCGAGAAUCUGAAGAAAAUCAGGUUUGUGUAUCCCAAUACAUUGGAGGAGCUGCUGGAGGAUGUGGCAUCCCUUCAUGAGCUGGUACCUGAGACUGCACCAUUUCCUACCUUGCUAAUUGUAGAUGGAGUGGAGCGGUAUGUGUGUGUUCAGGACAGGCCGCAGCAAGAUUCUCAGAGCACGGCUGCUCACAUCGUAGCCCUCCUGCAUGACACAGCUGCUUUCCUCAAGGCCAGAAGUGAGAAAAGACAACAAUCUCCAUGCAGGGUCAUUGUCUCUUAUCACCCUGAGUGGGAACGACGAGGAGGUGAUGUGUUUGCCCCGGAUUCCAUCCUCUUAGUCCUGGAGCGCUACCUGCAGGUGAGGUGCAACAUCCACAAAGUAAUAAAUAGCGGAGAAGCACAGAACGAGUGGCUGCUGUACCUUUCGGGUCCAGGACUGCAAGUUGAUGGGUAUGGUAAAGGAGAGAAAUGUCUGGGAUUGCAGUGGCAUGUGGUGAUGCAGCCUAAUGGGGCAUUGGAGUUCAGGCCAGAAAGUGCACCAAAAGAGGAGACCUCACAGGUUCAACAUUCUGAUUGUGGAAAUGAAACAUGACUAUUGACAGUGUUUACGGGAAUUUAUUUUAAUAAAAAUGCUUGAAGAAAAAGAAAAAAAGACUUUUGUUCUGCACACUCACAGUGUAACAAAUAAAUUCUUGUAAAUUGGAAAAAUAAAAUAUACAUUUCCAUGGUUUUACUAAUGAAUCAUCCUCUUGUUCCCAGAUAAAGGUUUUUAGUCAAUUUGGAUUCAAGUGGUUGUUCAGAAAACACAGGCUACAGCUGGGCGAUAUGAUGUGAUAAAUUAUCUCACAAUGUGCUUUUUCUGAGAUAUCGUGGGUAACGUGAUAUUUCUUUAUGCAUAUACAGUGCUGUGAAAAAGUUUUUAAAUGUUAACUUUUUUGCUUCAAUAAAUAUCAUUAUCCAAUACCAA